GACUCUAGGGACGCAGGCCGGCAGAAGCGGAGGAGCUGGGCAUUGGCACGGCGGUGGUGGCGAUUUAAACGUUGAUUGCUGCGGGACAAUAAAACGACGAUGUGGAGCGUUUAAGCAACGAGACUGCGGCCUGCGAUAUGCCAAUGCCACUGGGAAACUACUUGGCUGGAACAAUGGUGGAUGCCGUUCAUUACAUCCACUUGCAGAACUUCAGCAAGUCUCUCCUGGAGACUCUAAAUGCCCAGCGAUUAGGUGGGCAUUUUUGUGACGUGACCGUCCACAUACAUGAUGCAACUCUACGGGCCCACCGCUGUGUCUUGGCAGCUGGAAGUCCUUUCUUCCAUGAUAAGCUGCUCCUGGGUUAUUCUGAAAUUGAGGUUCCACCGGUGGUGCCCACCCAAGUUGUACAGCAGUUGGUGGAAUUUAUGUAUAGUGGCUCGCUGGUUGUUGCCCAGUCGGAAGCAUUGCAGAUUUUAACUGCAGCCAGUAUACUGCAGAUCAAAACUGUCAUUGAUGAAUGCACACAAAUCAUAUCGCAGAGCAGAGCCAACAAACCAGUAAAAAUCCCUGCUGCUAUGUCAUCUUGUGGCCCACAAGGGAGAUCUAUUAACAAAAUCCAAGAGCAAGUGUCCAAAGAUUCUAAUGGUCCAUCCUCAAUGGGUUUAAGAGACUCAAGUUGCUCUCUUCCGUCAGCAUUAAGAAAUAACGAUAUUGAAAUAAUCUCACAAAUGGGACCAGUCAAUGAGGCACCCAAAAUACUUUGUGCUUCGGAAGUACGUUACAAAUUAAGAGAUAUGCUUUCGUCACAGCAGAGGCAGCUACCAGAAGUAAGGGAGAUAACUAUGUCUGAAGGGGAGCAGGUUUCUGAAGCUUCUGAAAGUUUAGCAACUGGCUAUAUCACACAGACAGAGGCUCCGCAAAGCUGCCACAGUCGUAAACAGCGUCAGCCAGUACGCCUUCAGCUUUUAGAUUCUGUACCUGUAAUUAUCAAAGAUGAGGAUGAAGAAGAUGUGGAAGAAGAUAGCAAUGUGAGGGAAGGAGGGGAUGAAGAGGAUAAAAUUACUGCAUACAAUACAUGCAGUGGAGGCUUUCCAAGUUGCAGUGAAAAUGAGAAGGCCCAAAGUCCUGAAGAAAAAGUUCGCAAUGCAGGAAAUAGCAGAAAAGAUUCAUCUGGUCAAAUGGAAUUUGCACCGGAAGGACAGGAUUUCUUUACCAACCAAGAUGUAUUCUCUGAGUCCUUCAUACCUCCCUGGCAGAAUGAAGAAAACCUCACUGAAGGAACUAGGGAGAACCCUAUAGAAAAUGAAGAAAAGUUCCGUCCUGACUGCACUUUGGAAGGCUCCAGCCUUAGAAAUCUGGCAGUUGUCGCUAGUGCCGAUUUCAAAUCAAGCCCACCGUUUAAUUCUAGAGUUGGUGAAUCCAGAACACUACCAUUUGUUGCCUCGGCGAUACCGCUAGAUCUAAAGAAUCCUGCAUCUGGAACUGUUGCUACAAGCACUUCAAGCAUCUUCCAAUUUCACUUGACGCAUCCUAACCAAUCUCAGCCUGGUGUAACACAAGGAUUUUUUAGUGUCCAGCAAGAUGGCACCGCUAAUGUUGUACAAAUGAACUCCAACAUGGCUUCUGGAGCCUUGCAAAAUGAACCAGCCCCGCGUCCUGGACCUUCUCGUAACCCCGAGCCUUCCUAUGUAUGCAGCCAUUGUCAGAAAACAUUCAGCUCUCGGAAAAACUACACUAAACACAUGUUUAUCCAUUCAGGCGAAAAGCCUCAUCAGUGCAGUAUCUGCUGGCGGUCAUUUUCGUUGAGAGAUUACCUGCUGAAACAUAUGGUCACUCAUACCGGGGUGCGUGCCUUCCAGUGUUCAAUUUGUUGCAAGCGUUUUACCCAGAAGAGCUCCCUCAAUGUCCACAUGCGCACUCACCGGCCCGAGCGUUUCCAGUGCUGCUUCUGCAAUAAGUAUUUCUCUCAUCGCACCCUUUUGGAGAGACAUAUUGCUACGCAUACAGCCUGAGAAGGACGGACUGUUUCAAUACUAGCCAAGGACAUCCCUAAGCUCCUUUUAAGUAUUUAUUUUGAAAUGGCUCCAUUUAGAAUGAAGACGUAUCAUGUUCCUAGUGAUAGAUAUUCUAUAAGGGGCCUUCAGGUUUUAGAAGCUUUUUUUUUUCCAUGUACUAUAACGUGUACUUGGAUUGCAUGGCAACAUUUCCAAAGGUAAUGUAACACAAUGCUGUUUAAUAACAAAAAAACAAUAAUCAUCUGUGCUCAGCAUGCAUGAUACUGUUACUUUACCACUAGACUAGAACAUCAUAGUGUUCUGAUCUAAUAUAACAUUUCAAAAAGGGGUUUCACCCUGUA